AAUAUUCUAGGGUUUAUGUUGUGGGCCUAUAUAAUAAUCGAAUAUAGGAAAAAUUAGGGUUUGUGAUUUUAAGAGUUGAGAAGCUCUCUACAAACUUCAAUCGAAAAUGCCUAAGCAAAUUCAUGAGAUCAAGGAUUUCCUUCUCACUGCCAGAAGGAAAGAUGCUCGCUCGGUAAAAAUCAAGAAGAGCAGAGAUGUCGUCAAGUUCAAAGUUCGAUGCUCCAAGUAUUUGUACACACUUUGUGUGUCCGAUGCCGAGAAGGCUGAUAAGUUGAAGCAGUCUCUUCCUCCAGGUUUGAGUGUCCAAGACCUGUGAAAAUAGAGGUGCUUUGAGUUUAUCAUCCGAUUCGUAGUUGAUGAAAGCUAGAUUUGAUUUUGGGUUUAUCGUGUUUUGUGCCAUUUUUCUGCUUUGAUUAUGGAUUUGGUUGUCA